UAUGUCAGACAGCGAAGCAUCCACUCCGCGUCAGCAACAACGCGCAAAUGGCACAGAACGCUCCCAAUCGACUGAGGAGAAGGAAAUCCCACGCGAACCUGCUCUAGUACACAAAGACAUCAAUAUUAAGACUGAAUUGGAAUGCCUCGUCAAAUUGCUCGACGGUAGAAUUUACAAAGAAGAAGAGGCUGCCAUGGAGGAAUUGCACCAGUACCUAAUCGAAGAUGAAGGCUCAUGGGUACUAGGUGAUAAUUUCCUAAUUUUUGUGCAGCGUAUAUUGCGCGAAGAAAACUUUUCACCCGAUACGCGAGUACAUUUAAUACGUACAUUAGCCUAUGCAGCGCUGAAAGAUGAUGUCAUCAUUAUACUGCAUCAGGAUCGUCGAGAUCAUACGCUAAUGAAUUUUGCACAAGAUAUUGAAAAGCAUACACCCGAAGAACAACAAGCGUGGGCAAUGUUUAUGUGCAAUCUUUUUGAAAAUCUGGGCCCCUCUGAAUGGCUGCUUUAUAUCUCCGAAUGGGAUUAUAUGGGUCAAACGAUAUCGAAUAUACGCGUUACAACAAAAGUGGCAGUACAUUGCAUACUGUCAAAUUGUCCGCAAUUGAAGAACACCGGCUCCAUGAUGCUCUACAAUAUAGCCAUUAAGGAAGUGAAGACAGUGGUCUUCGAUGACGUUGCUGUCGAAUUGGCCAUGGCAAUUUUGCAGUUCUUUCAAAGUAAUCCAGUCGAAGAACAAGUCUUCCGUACGCUCAAGGCAUUGGCGCGUUUCUUGGAGGUCUCCGCCGAUGUUGCUGCUAUCAUUCAGAUGAUCGGUCCACAUCCAAAGCAAUUUGCCGGCAUGAGCGAGCGUGUCGAUGAGUUGGUGAACAAAAUUAGUCGCAAAGUGCCGGCUUAAAAUUGUAAAUAUGUUUUAUACAAAAACAUACUAACAGGCAUACAUUUGAAAACUAUACACAAUACAACAAUUCAUAAGCGUAAUAGAGCUUAUGCGGGGCGACCGAGUUUUUUUCCUUAAAACACAUUUAAUUUUAAUCAUAUUUCUCACUCAUUUAUUAUGCGUUUGUGAAAUAAAAUUUACAUGCAUACAUACAUUUGUAUAAGCACACUUUUUCUAAAGUAAUGCAAGCGACUUUUUAUAAUAAAAAAAUAUUAAGCUGGAA